GAGCUGUAUGGGACCAACUUUACCAGAUGAAACUUUUACAUCAAAGUCAGGGGCAGAUCAGAAGGUCCCAGAGGGAGGGGAAAGAGAAGAGUGGGUGUUCAUAGUAAUUGUGCAGAAAGCGUUAGGGAAAGGAAGGAGGUGGAGUGUGAGUGUAGGGGGAGAGCAGAGUGGGGAGGUGGGGAAUUGGAAGUUGUAGGUGGAGUAAUUCUGCAGAAUAUGAGCUGCUGUCCACAGCUUUCUGGAUGUAAAUUGAUGAGGUCAUAGUGUUUUCCAGUUACCAAAAAAAAAAAAAAAGUUAAAAAAAAAAGUCUUCAACUUGUUUUUCAAGAGAGACGAAAACACGGAGAAGCUGAAGAAAUGGAGCAACUAGCAAAACUCCUUCUGUGGCAGAUUUUGCUUCAGCAAAGUUCUGUUUAUUUAUAUUCAGUCCCAGCUGACGCCUCAAACCCAGACAGUGUUGUAGUGUCAGUGUUAAAUAUCAGUGCUACAUUGGGGUCACAGGCUGUUCUGCCCUGCAAGAGUUACCGCAUGGUGUGGACCCAGGAUCGUCUGAAUGACCGCCAGCGUGUAGUCCACUGGGAUCUGUACAGCAACUACUAUGGAGAUAACAAGAUGGAGAGGCUAUGUGACAUGUACUCUGCUGGAGAUCAGCGUGUAUACAGCUCCUACAACCAAGGGAGGAUAUUCAUGCCCCAGAAUGCAUUUACAGAUGGCAACUUCUCCUUGGUGAUCAAAGAUGUUGCAGAGAGUGAUGAAGGCACGUAUUCUUGUAAUCUUCACCACCACUACUGCCACUUAUACGAAACUGUGAAAAUCCAACUAGCUAUCACCAAGACAGCUGAGGAUGCCAAGCAGUACUGGGAUGGGGAAAAGCCUGUGAUUCUUGCCCUAGAAGGCAGCACAGUGAUGCUCCCCUGUGUGAACCGUAACCACAUCUGGACCGAACGGCACAGUGAAGAGGAACAACAAGUAGUCCACUGGGACAGGCAGCCCCCGGGGGUUCCUCAUGACCGGGCUGACCGCCUCAUUGAUCUGUACGCCUCUGGAGAGCGCCGCUCUUACGGACCUCUCUUCAUUCGUCAGAAGAUGAACAUCACUGACACAGCUUUUGCCCUGGGUGACUUUUCCCUGCGGAUUUCAGAGCUGGAAAGCGCAGAUGAAGGCACUUACUCCUGCCACCUGCACCAUCACUACUGUGGUCUGCAUGAGCGCAGGAUCUACCAAGUCUUUGUGACGGAGCCAGUGAGAGAGAAGAAGGUGGUGAACCUUACAACUCACAACAUUGCCCCAGCCAUAGAUCCAAAUGUUGUCAGGGGCCACAAUGUAAUAAAUGUCAUCAUCCCUGAGAGCCGGGUACACUUCUUCCAGCAGCUGGGCUACAUCCUGGCAACUCUCCUGCUUUUCAUUGUCCUCCUCAUCAUUGUUGUCCUCGUCACCCGCAAGCGCCGGCAGAGAGGUUAUGAAUACAAUGUGAAGAAAUACGGAGAGAAGGAUGUAAAUCUUAAAGAAUUUACAGUCGACACAACAGAUCUGACUCAAUACAAAAGUGAAGACAUCAGGCUGGAUUACAAAAACAACAUCCUGAAGGAGAAGGCUGAGCAAGCCAGAAGCUUCCCAGCAAAGAACAUUGAUUUAGACAAAGAUUUCAGGAAGGAAUAUUGUAAAUGAAGACAUUCCCAAGCUGCUGGCUGGACCAGAAGCUUCAAUCAAAGCAGAUAAAUGGAAGAGAGAUGCUUUUUCUUAAUAUCAUGUCCCUCCAGUUACCGUAGAUUUUUCACAUAGACUUUCUCCCCACUAAGCACAAGGGUAUUUGCAAAUGCUUCUUGAAAGAGUUAGACUGUCUGUCUUGUGUGCACUUAUGAUGGGUUUGGGUUGCCUUUUCUUAUUCUGUUCUCCCAAUCCUCCAUUCCCCUUUUCUUUCUUGAUAUUAUUGUUGGUUUUAUGCAUCAAUGAUUUUUAUGAGCUGAAUCAGCAGACCUUUUGCUUUGAUGUUACUGCUUUAAAUAAACCAACCUGCAUCACUAA